AUGUUUUAUUCGAACAGGGUGUGCCUCAACUGGGUGAAUGAGUUAUCCGAGCGCCACAACAAAUUGCUAGUCGAAAAACUGCAUGCUCUUCGCAACCUUCAUCCUCAUGCAACCAUCAUCGAUCUACGCCGAAUAUUACAGAGCUUUCAUGAAUAUCUACCAAUUCCCGCACCAAAUUUGGAUUCGACGAUCCUUUUGUUGCAUGCUGCGGAAGCAAAUGCCCUUUCUGAUUGCUCUAUCUGUUGUGGAAACGAAGGGUCGAAGGUUUGUCCAGAGCCGUCGAGGUACAUUUCCUGGGAUGGGAUGCACCUAACUGAGGCGGCUAACAAGGUGGUUGCCGAGGGCGUUAUACUGUUCCUGCCCUCGCUGACGCGUGCCCAUACAUUGCACAGCAGUGCGUAAACAUGUCUGCAGUGUCUUUCUUAAAUUCAUUCCGAUGCAAAACGGACUACCCUAGGUUUAUACCGAAUCAGUUUUGAAUUUUGUGUACGUAUUUGAUAGUAGCCACAAUCUGAGU